GGUAGGAGCAAAAAGAAGGUGGAAGGAAGGAUCCGAGCAUUCCGAGCAUUCCGAGCAAUCCGAUAUCCGAUCCGAGAUCCGAGGAUAUACGGUGAUUGCGCGACCGGCAACCACCGGCAACGGCGGCAUCCGCGGCAGGGCGAAGCUUCGGCACGUGAAAUUUGUACAUUUUCAUGGAGAUACGUUGCCAGAGAUUUCAAGGAUGAGCAAGGCCGAGAAACGUGAAGAGAUCCGCCAGCUUAUCCUGGCGUUAUUGGUCUCCCGGAAAGGCGCCACAGCUAUACCGGUUCUAGAGAGAGACUAUUAUUAUGCGGAGAACACCCGUAUACCAUAUCGUCAAUUUGGAUAUUACAAUUUAGUGGAAUUUCUCCAAAGUUUCCCGGAACAUUUCAUUGUCGAGCAGUACAACGGCGGUCACUACGUACGCGGGAUUCCGUCGGAGAAAAGUAAGCACGUCAGCUCGUUGGUGUCACGUCAGAGGAUGAGAGAGCCCCCGAAAGCCAGAUACAUCCAACCCCGUUUUCGUCCGCCAUUUAAUCGGCGUCCACAUCAUUACGCGAGGCCAGUGCAGGAAUUUCACAUCGCACCUGACAUGUUAUGUCAGCUUCUGCAACAUAUAAAAGACAAUCCAAACGGUGUGAGUCUGCAGGACGCUGUGACGAUCGUACAGCGGUCAGUGCCAUACGUCAGUAUUUCUGCACAGCAAUUACGGGGGCAAUUACAAUUGCUGUCGCAUCAGUUGCGCCUGGAUGGCAACAUGAUUUUUCCGAUCUUGAGUAACGAUUCGCAUAAAGCGGCCCAGCAGCAGCUUCCGAAGGAAGAGCCACAGUUGCCGAGCAAAUCACAGAUCGACUCGGAAUCGCCUCCGACACCAACUAUAUGUGCUGCCGGACAAGAGGAUUACGAGAAUGGUAUAGAGUAUUUUAGUGAUGACGAUUUUCUGCCAGCUGAUUCUGCCAGUAACUGUCAGAGACGUGCAGAAACGAAUGGGGAAAUAAGUGAUAAAGAAGCCUUUGCCAUGAUGAAUGGCAACGGCAACACGGAAAUGAGGACUGCCGACGUUGAUAUGUCCCAACUGAUAAGUGAUAGAAUAAAGUUGCGACUGAAGGAACUGAUGCGGAAACAUCCGGACGGCAUUUGGUGUCCCGAUCUGCCCAACUUAUACUUACGCGAGUACAAGGUGUGCCUGAAUUACGUCCAGUUGGGCUUUGACAGUGUGCGCGAAUUCGCGUCUUACCUGCCGCAAAUCUUCUACAUGACGCAGGUUGACAAGAUGGAUGAUUUCAUGCUUUAUAGCGCGGACAAGAGGCCAGUGGUUCCAGAGCCUAUUGAUAUAGCGCAAACUUUGCGUAAUUACGAGGAUAAUCCACCGUUUCCAUCAGAUGUUUCUCCUACCAUUACCAGGAUCUUCGCUCCUAAUGACGUGAUGAAUUAUGACGAUAAAGUUGACAAAAUAUCGGUGGUUGAAUUAAAACGCAACAGAAAAUACUUGGGGGUAUAUGUUAUAGAAGUGUUUCAUCCAAACUUUUUUUGGGUACAUCUUCGAGAAAAUAGAAGACAUUUUGAUAAAAUGAUGGAUGAUUUAUCGGACUUCUACGAGUAUAAAAAAAGUACAUAUACCAUUGCCAAAAUUGCCUUGAAAAAGGACCUGAAUUGUGCGUGCAUUUACGCCAAUAGGUGGCACCGAGCGAUCAUUAGGAGUGUAAAACCAGAUUUUAGAGUAACGGUAUUCUUUUAUGAUUAUGGUACUAUGAAGACAUAUACACCCGAGGAUGUAUAUUAUUUGCAUCAACAGUUUGCCUAUUUACCGGCUCAAGCAAUACCUUGCGGCUUAUAUAAGAUUAAACCAAGUGUUGGUGAUCGCUGGAAAAGGAGCGUAGCUGAAAAAUUCAGCGAAAAGAUUGAGGAUACUCUUUUAGCUGCAACUAUAGUUACUAUUGAUCCUGAGCACAAUUCCAUGAUGGUCAUUUUGACCGAUACAAGCGAAGAAGAGGAUGUGCGUAUAAACGAUUGGUUAGUGAAUGAGAGACUAGCGCAAGUGGGUAACACGGCUGAUGCCGUCGACAUGGCUAGCAUAAUGAAGUAUGUGCGAAACAAUUUGAACCAAUUACCAACAUAUUGCUUCGCGGAGGAGAACCUGAUGCCCGACAACUGCUGCAAAGCAACAUCGACAGAGGAGACGUUCGAGGUACCUUUGGUUUCCCCGAAAUCAACGCUACAUUAUGACAGUCAUCAUCAGCAACAGCCAGUGAGACCGCCACCAGGUUUUCCGCCUCUCGGUGAACAACGCGUUCCGCCUAACUUAUCAUCGACAAACUUCCAGAACGUUUAUUCCUUCGCGAAUACGUUGAACGCUAAGGCGUCGGUCUUUAACAACGCGGAGGCGACGACGAAUCCGUUCCUGACUGACGAACUUAUUUAUGAUAAUGCCAAACAGAUAUACAUGUCACUCUGGAAUGAGAGCAAGAAGCUGCAGAGUAGCGUGACUGAUAUCCUCUAUGAGCUGCUAAAACCUUCAAUCGCAUUCAAGGAUCUGAUUCAGUUGCACAAAAUUUUGACGAUUGUGGAGAAUGUUUUAUUAGAACAAAAAAGUGAUUGUUCCACUGGCACGAAAACUCCGUCAACGCCCAAUCCUGCGAGCGGGACGACAUUGAACGAUGCUGGUUCCGCGCCGAAGGCGUCGUAUAAUUUAAAUAGUGAAACUUUCACGAAGGACUUCAAUGCAAAUACUAUCUCGAUGUCAAAUCCGUUUGGCGCUAACGGCGAUGACAGACCACAGAGUAACGCCGCGUUUUCGAGUUACAGCUCAGACGGUUUUACUUUUAAAACCAACUGGAACCAAUCGGACGAGCUCAAUCCGCAUAUGCAAAUGCCUUCUCCGCAAAUGCCUCCUCCAACUGGUAGUCCUGCACCUCCAACAUUCAUUAAUCACAUACCACCAGCUAGUACCUUCAUUCCAAACACCAAUCAGAAUGACGAAAAUGUUCCUGUGACGCCAGUAUCUCCAGCGAUCCCAACGAGUGCUAGCAGUAAUUCCUCGGAAUUUCUGGAGACCGUAAAUACUCAGUUCGCCAAUAUGCUCAAAGAUACAAAUCCCUUCAAGUUUUAUAUGACUAACAGGAUGCAGGUACCGGAGACGCAGAAUGAGCGUACGUUUCAUAACUACGAUACUGAUAUCACAUCGUAUUUCUCGGCAAAAAAUCCACAGAACAGCCACGCUCCAAAAACGGAAACUGUGAAUAUUCACGCGGGGAGCACGUGCUUUACGCCUGCGGGACAUGUCGGUGAAAACUACACUCCGAGAAUCGUCUACGAAGCCGGUCCGGUAAUUUAUAAUACGCAGAAGAAGCAAGCGGACGCAAACGCAAGGCAAAAUACAUGCAGCAAUAAUCUCGAUAACAUUUUGAAUGCUCAUGUCAGUGAAAAUUACACUCCGAAAAUGGUCUAUGAAUCCGGUCCGGUAAUGUAUAAUACGCAGAAGCAGCAAGUAAACGCAGAUGCAAGGCAAAACACAUGCAGUAAUAAUUCCGAUAACAUUCAGAACGCUCAAUCUCGCGAAUUAAGACAAGAUAAGAAACCGACAUCGCAGGCUGCGAACGAUAUUGCUGCUUCGUACACGCAGCAGCACAAAGUGACAAAUCAGAUAACGAGAGAUAACCCGCAAGUUGACGAGAACUAUGUCACUCGACCACCUGCAUAUUACACGCAGGGCUCACAGCCGAUAAUAAAAGGUGAACCGACUUAUUACCAGCAAAACAGUAACGUGAACAAUUUGCGACAACCUGUGUCGUCGCAAUCUUGGACUCAAACCGAGGUUCCAGAAUAUUGGGCCAAUUUAAAGUUCCAAAACAGCGUUCCUGUAUCGAAUCACAAUGAGAACCCUGCGUUUGGCACACCGACUACUUUCUUCCGUCAAGACUGGAACUGCGAUAACAGCAGAAGGUUCGCACCUCGAGAGAUGACUGAAGCGACCGAUUCGAGCAACAUUUUUAAAUUUAAAGACAGCCACGACAAAGAGAAGCCAAUAGAUAGUUAUGCGAAGUCCUGCAACAUCGAACAUGGAUCCGUUCAGCAGAGAACUCGUGACAUCGACUCUUUUGUAUUCCAGAAAAUUGACUCAGUUAAAGGUGUGACGUUUAUAUUUAACAUCGAACAGGAUGGUUGGAUACUGACAUGCGAGUUUGUAGAGGCCUUUACGAAUCUCAAGUUGCAAUCUCGUUUAUUGGCCACAUUAGAAGCGAUGAAUAUAAAAGUUAUUUUCAAAGAAAUCCAGAGAUCUGAAUAUCCAGUACAAUUUUCACAAUUGGACAGGUAUCCCCUAAAUGUUCCCCGUGAUUCUGAAAAACGGAUUGUCUCCAUUAGUUUGAUUUCGUUGCAAUCCGCGUUGGCAUUAUUGCACAGACUGAAAAUAGUCUCGCGUGAAGAAAUAGGGAAUGCUUUUAAAAAAAACGAGUUUCUGGACGGUUCCAUUCUAUCUACCUUGUGGAUGUUGAUUGUCACUUAUCGCGACUUGAGACGACGUAUUCUACUAUGUUCAAAUUAUAUAUGAAUAUUUGACAUAUAUAGAUUUAUAAAGCUUUGCUCUAGUGAGCAGAUGAAUCUCGUGAUUUAUUAUUAACUUCUUUUGACUGAUGUUUAAUGUGAUGUAUGGUUUUGUUGCAAAUAAUGUGACAUUUAUCAAUAUUUCCUUUGAUAAGAAAUUACUAUAAUUGCCGUACUUAUAACAGUGUAUAAGAAUGUUUUAGUUUAAUUUCUUUUUGACGUUUAUAUAUAUAACGAGGACAAAUGAUAUUUAUGUUGUGUCUUAAAGCUACUCUGCAUUCUUUAUAUUUUAAAUUGUAAUACUGCCUAUGUUGAUUUGGAAUUUAUAUAUAAUCGUGAUGAGGUAUAAAACAAUACUUAACAUAUCAGUAGUGAGCAAAGAUGCUGUCCGGUUUUAGAUGUCGUGAGUAAAAUUGCUUUUCUUUUAUAUCUUGCCAUACUUUUCUUUCUUCAGUAAUUGGCUCUUAGAAGAAAGAGAAAAGUUCAGUGUAAGGACAGUUUAAUCUCACUACAUCAGAACGAGUAUUCUUGCUCUUGGUCGUCUCUACCUAGUUGAUUUAUAUUUUCAUUUAUUUUACUAUUAUUUUAGGCGAUUAAGUAUAUAUAAUCCUACAAUUAGAUCAGUCAUUGUUGUUACCUGAUUAAGUAUGCCUUAAGUAAUAAUAAGAGUUGUUUUUGUAAUUUUUUAUAUGAUGACAAGAUAUAUAAUGAGCGUAAGAACUGCUACAAUAUAUUUAGUAAAGAAAAGCUAAAUAUAUCGUUGAAAAAAAAAAGAUUUGCGAUGAUUAUUAUACCCAUCUGUGUCAACCCAGACAGCAUGCAUGUCCAAAAUCGGGACACAAGACGUCUUUAAGAUAUCUUUAAAACGUCUUAUGAUAUGAGGUCUAAAAGACGUCUUAUGUCUCGAUCUUGGAUACGAUGCUGCCUGGGAAAUAUCCUGAACAUUAAAAAGGUUCUUAUCAAGUGCC